AUGAUGUUGGAUGACGUUCAGUUCCUGAAUAUCCUCAAGGGAAAACGCAUUAAACUGACCCUCAAGACUUCAUGUUACCUCGGUGUCGUCCAGCGUAUCAAUCCCAACAAAACGUUGGUUUUGGUGGACGUUGUUAAUGGCAGUAAUGGCUGUAAGUUUCCUGGCUCAAAGAUGUUCUUCGGGCACGAGAUUCUGGAUGUGGAAUUCAUCAAUGAAGCAAAAACUGACAGUGGGAAUAUUUAUGACCACAGCCUUGAAGAACACUUGAAUGUGGAAGAGUUUCAGCCUUACAGGAAGAAAACCACAUUGGAUGAUGAUGAAGAUGAAGAGGAGUACAUCAACUUUGUGGUGAUUGAUGAGUUUCAUGAGAAGUUUGCAUCUGCUGUGAUGCACAUUAAAAAGCAGCAUGUGAUCGGCGUGGGAGCUGAUGGAAUCGAGGUAUAUAAACAUGGGAGACUGUGUUGGCUUCAGAUUGCUACUAAAAACAAGGUAUACUUGUUUGAUAUACUGUUACUUGGAGCUCGGGCCUUUAAGAACGGUCUGUCCAUGAUCCUGGAAAGUAAGCACAUACUGAAGGUGAUUCAUGACUGCAGAGCUAUUGCUGGAUGUCUGAUGGCUCAGUUUGGAGUAAAGCUGAUCAAUGUCUUUGAUACGCAGGUGGCAGACGUCAUGUGCUUCUAUUCUGAGACAGGAAGUCUCCUCCCCGACAGAGUCAGUACUCUGCAGGAGGUGGUUCAUCUUCAUCUGAAGGUGCCCUCCUCCCAGCUCUUAUCCCUUCAGAUGAAGUCGCAGUUCACUACGGAAGAAAAGCAGAUCUGGCGCAAGCGGCCGUGCCCUCUACCCCUGCUUAAGGUGAUGGCUCUGUCGGUGAUCCACCUUCAGCCGCUCAGACUGGUGCUGCUGGAUACUCUCAUGACAGACUACAUGGCCCUGGUGGAUUCAUACAUCAACAGCAGCCACUAUGAGCCUGAUGAUUUAGAGCAUGUCAGCAUGGAGAGUGUGUUGGAGUUGCCUAGAGAGCUCAGGCAGCUGGAGCAAAUGCGUUGUGAGCGGCAGAAGUGGGCCGCCGACCAGUACCCAGUCACAGAGAGUGGACUGCUGGCUCGCUUCAACCCCCAAAAUCACCCCUCAUCUCAGACCUUACCUGCAGAGGAGGAGCAGGGCCAGACACAGCAGGAAUCUUUUGGGCCUAUAGAAUCACCUUCCUCCACACAAGUGGACCCGCUCCUUCACAAGACACCCCUGAGCCCUCCAAGAGUCACUGAUGCAUUAUCUGUUGAUGCUCAUGCCUCCCCUGACCCAGCAGCUGAGGCUUCAGUGCAGUCGAUUUACAGUCACCAGUCUCUAGGUAUAGGCAGAGGGCGCAAAGAGGUACUCAUGGACAUAAUGGGCAGAGGAAGACCCUCUGGGAAAAAGCAAUCGUCCAUACCAGCCUUACCCGCUGGAAGAGGCUUCCUUCUUCAGAUAUUACAAGAUCAGCUCUCCAGUAAGAGCAGGGAGGACAUGAUAACUCCUGGAAAGAUGGGGAUGACUCUUUCCUGCCCAAACCAUACACCUGCCCAUGAAGUGCUGCUGCAGCCUGCUGGCCCCAGUGCUCAUGACCUGCGAAAGGAUGCUUUCGGCAUGACAGGAGAACAUUUGACAUCAACCCCCGAGCCCAUCACAUCUUCACUGACGCAGUCAUUCAGGUCUUUCAGAUAUUAA